ACGAUAGUUUUCCCAAACGAUAACGAUAAUUUUGUGACAGCUGUUGCUGAAGCGCUACUUUUAUUUUUGUUUUGAUUACUUUUAUGUAAUGGUGAAGGUGGAAGUGGAAUACUGUGGCAUCUGCAAUUUUAGCGGCCAGUGCCACCUGCUGCGCGAAUUUCUGCUGGCCUCAUCGCCUGAUUUGGACGUAUCCUGUCGCCAAGGACGACGGGGAUCCUUCGAGGUGGCCAUCGACGGGCAGCUGGUCCACUCGAAACUCGCCUGCCUGGCAUUUCCACAGCAUGCCAGUGUCCUGGCCCAGGUUCAAAAGGCGGAGCGUGGCGAAGCCGUCGAAAAGGUCCUCGAACAGCCCAUCAAGGACUGCAGUCUGAUGUGAAGAGCUUUAUUUGUGUCAUAGCUUAAUUAUAUCCUUAAAUUAUUAAAAUAUGUUGAAACAAGUGAAAUGA